AUGGCGGUGAGGAUGUGGAGCAACAGAACUUUUAUCAAUCGCUGGUGGAAUUGCAAAAUGGCCAUGGCCAAAAGAGCACCAUGGUCUGUUUGCCCCUUGUUGGAAGUGAAGUUUAUAUCCUCAAAGAGAACUGAGUCCAGUGAUGCAAAUGUCUUCUCCAAUGGAUCGGUGCUUCAAUCUGUUAUUUAUACAGCCUCUACAUCCAUCCAGUACAUGCUUAGGGAUUGUGCUCAGUUGAGGUCGGAGUCCAUGUACUGGUCGCAAGGCUUUUAUGAAGAUGAUGCUGAUAGUGAUGAGAACCACAGUGAUGAUGCCAACAUAAACAUAUGUAAACGCCACAUUCUAUAUGGGACUUGCAAAACUUCUAGUGGCCCAGAGGAGGCAAUGCCCUUGGGAUUGGAUUCUAAAGUCCACCACGAGGUUUGCGAAAGAAUUGUGGAUCAUGUCAAUCAUACCUGGAUCCAGAGUUUUAUCCUUGCUGGUUUCACUACCACUGGGACCCUACAACCUCUUGCCUUCUUGGGGACCCUGUGCAUCUAUCUCCUCACUCUUGUAGGGAACAUUAUCAUCAUUGUCCUGGUACAGUUAGAUUCUGGGUUGUCCACGCCCAUGUACUUCUUUAUCAGUGUCCUCUCUUUUGUAGAGGUGUGGUAUGUCAGCACCACAGUGCCCACACUGCUGCAUACCUUGCUCCGUGGGUGUUCACCCAUCUUACCAGCUGUAUGCUUUAUUCAGCUGUAUGUCUUUCAUUCCUUAGGCAUGACUGAGUGCUACCUGUUGGGUGUCAUGGCACUGGAUCGCUACCUUGCCAUCUGCCACCCUCUUCACUACCAUGGACUCAUGAGCAGACGGGUACAGUUACGACUAGCUGGAGCCACUUGGGUGGCUGGCUUCUCAGCUGCACUUGUGCCAGCCACCCUCACUGCCACUCUACCCUUCUGCUUGAAAGAGGUGGCCCAUUACUUUUGUGACUUGGCACCAUUAAUGCAGUUGGCAUGUGUGGACACAAGCUGGCAUGCUAGGGCCCAUGGCACAGUGAUUGGUGUGGCCACUGGUUGCAACUUUGUGCUCAUUUUGGGGCUCUAUGGAGGUAUCCUGAGUGCUGUGCUGAAGCUACCCUCAGCUGCCAGUCGUGCCAAGGCCUUCUCCACUUGUUCCUCCCACGUGACUGUGGUGGCACUAUUCUAUGCUUCUGCCUUCACAGUAUAUGUGAGCUCACCUGGAAGUCGACCUGAGGGCACAGACAAGCUUAUUGCCUUGGUGUAUGCCCUUGUUACCCCUUUCCUCAAUCCUAUCAUCUAUAGCCUUCGCAACAAGGAGGUGAAGGAGGCUUUUAGAAGGGUCACUGACAGGAUCAGAACUAUUUUUAGGGAACCUCAGUGA